AUCAUCUUCUCCCUUAGCAACGUUGUCAAAGCGACCUCGAACGAGGAUGGUGAAAGCAGCAGUUUUGUGAAGUCUCAGAAGAAUUUCUCGAGCAACAACAUCGUGACCCACAAUAACAACAGCAGCAGCCUGCCCCGGAGGAAGGAGGUGACCGAGGAGGAGGCGGAGAGGUUCAUCCAGCAGGUCAAUCUGGCCGCCGUGACCAUCCAGCGCUGGUACCGACGUCACUCGCAGCGGCACAGGGCGGCAGCAGCAGCUCUGGGGCGUUUGUUGGCUUCCCAAAGAGAGGAAAGGCAGCAGCGGAUGGAGGAAGGGAAUAUCCUGGAUUUGCAGGAGAGGAAGGACCAGGAACGCCGGAAGAUCCGAGAGGAGAAGGCGCGCCUGGCCCGCUGUGCUGCCAUCCAGGAGCUGCACCAGAAAAGAGCCCAAAAGGCUUUGGAUGCAAAGUGCUUGGCAGAAGAAGAGCUUGCGCUGGUGAAGGAGAGCAGAAGGGUAGCAAAGAAGAAGGUUGCCAAACCUGCUUCUGCAAGGAAUGUCAGUCCAGCCAACAGCGUCACCAAAGCCAACAACGCUGAGGCCAAUUUCCAGUCGGUAGCUGCAGAGCCAGAAGAAAGCGGCCUCACAGACCUUGGCUCCGCGCCCUCACGGGACCCCGAGGCUGAGGACAAGCUGCAGGAUGUGAGCUCCAGAGAGAUGGGCGGUGAAGAUCUGGAGACGGUGGCGACCGCUGUCAGCAGGGCUCAGUCCAAGGUCACACUCAACGAGCUGCUGGACACCCUCAGGCUAUUGGAGGAAGAGCCAGAGCUGCUUCCCCCACCGAAGCUCUUGAAGAAGGACAGAUAUGCCUGGAUAGAUGGGGAGCCCAGCUCUAAUUCCCUGACUGCUGAUAACUUGGAGAAGUUUGGGAAGCUGAACCACUCCCCGGGAGUCCCUGAGGAUGGGGCUCUGCUCUCGGAGGCCAAGCUCCAGAGCAUUAUCAGUUUCCUGGAUGAGAUGGAGAAGUCGGAACAGGAGAGGCCCAGGUCGGCCGCCUCGGCCACGCAGCGAGAGGGUCUCCUCUCAGAAGAGGAGCUGGCUCACUUGGAGCAGGCGUCGGCUGUUGCCACAGAGGUGACGAGCUCCAUCAUGAGGCUGAAGCUGGAAGUGGAGGAGAAGAAACGAGCCAUCAGCCUGCUGCAGACAGCCCUGGCUCAGCAGAGAGAACUGACUGUCCGGCAUGUCAAACAGACCGAGAAGGAGCUUGGCCACCAGCUCAGGCUGCAGAGAGAACAGUAUGAGGCAGCCAUCCAGAGGCAUCUGGCCUUCAUCGACCAGCUCAUUGACGAUAAGAAGGUGCUGAGUGAGAAGUGUGAGGCUGUGGUCGCUGAGCUGAAACAAGUGGAUCAGAAGUACGGCAAGAAAAUCACACAGAUGCAGGAGCAGCACGAGCUGGUCUGGUGCACUUUGGGCCCCUUUUGUGAGGAGAUUAAGAAACUGAAGGAACUGAUGAGCGCAACUGAGAAAAUCAGGCGGGAGAAGUGGAUUGAUGAGAAAACCAAAAAGAUCAAAGAGAUCACUGUGAAAGGGCUGGAGCCAGAGAUCCAGAAGCUGAUCACCAAGCACAGGCAGGACAUCAGGAAGCUGAAGAUGCUGCACGAGGCCGAGCUGCUGCAGUCGGAUGAGCGGGCUGCCCAGCGCUACGGCCGGCAAGCGGAGGAGCUGCGGGACCUGCUGGAGCGGGAGAAGGAGGAGCAGAGCCAGCGGGAGAGGGAGCUGGCCCGGCAGCGGUACAUCCGA